AUGCCUUCAGAAAAGAAAAAACGCGUUUUACCUCCACCUCCGGGUUUAGAUUUCACCAUUCAGCCGAAGGAUAAUCUGGUUGAAGAUUUGAGAUACGCGCUUGACCAUGCCAAAGAAUUAUUUUCUGACAUAGCCUGGGAGUUCACCUCAGCGUUAAACCCAACCACCAUCUAUGCACAUAAAGCUAUUCUAUAUGCUCGAAGUUCACGUUCAUUUAAAGAACGCUUCCUAAAAAAUAAAGACAUGAAUGGGCAGUCCAUUCGGUCCUUGAGAUUAUCGAAUCCCGAUCCAAUAAGUAUGAAGACCGAUGCCGACCCAUUUCUUUUUAAACAGGAAUUGAAAUUUUUUUAUACCGGUGAAGAGGGGAGUGAAGAAUUUUUGGCUGCUGUUGAUACUACGGAUGAACUCGAACAACAAAAAUUAAAAGAAGAUUUAUUAUAUAUGUAUAAGUCAAAAUUGUAUACCGAUGUUGAGCUUGUUUUGGAAUUGGACGAGGAUAGUCUCGAAAUAAUUGAAGAGGAUGAUGAGGACGUAUUUAAACCUAUAACCAUUAGGGCGCAUCGAUUCAUAUUGUCCACAAGGUCGGAGUACUUCAAGAGAAUGCUUAUCUCGGAUUUUCUUGAAGCUCGUACUGCAUCAAUAAGUCUUGAUGCUUCCAUUUUUAAUCCGACUUCAAUUAAUUUGAUUCUUUCGUUCAUUUAUACUGGAAACCUUUCUUAUAAUCAGAAACCGUUGACCUUAGAAAUGUGUGAGUGGGUGUGGGUUGGUGCUGACUUUUUAAACAUUAAAAUACUCUGUGAUGAAAUAAUUUACCGAAUCUCUACUAAGCUGCAUUAUUUCACUUGUGUUUGUGGAGACUGUCAAAUGUUCGUUCCCAGGGUAGCAUCAUUUGCGAAGAGGCAUGUUGUUGAGAAUUUAUGGCAAGGAUGUUUGCACGCUUUGUCUAACGGAUUUGAAAGCAUGUGGCCUCACAAAGAAUUUGCAAAUCUUGACGAGGACAUACGAGAAGAAGUUCUUAAGGAAUUGCUUGAUACCAUUCAAAGUUCCAACAUUGUUUCCGUUUUCAAAGGUUGCCGAAAAAUCUAUUCCGAGAUUGACAUCAAGGGAAUAGGUCUUCCUUGGAUCGAAACAGUUCGUUACAUGACAAAUCAAGUUCGCUCAUAUGCUGCCCAAAUUUUGGUCGAUAAUUUUGAGCAGCUUUGCGAGGAUCAGGAAUUUUUGGAUUGUGUUGAUGGGAUGGGAUUUAGCACGGACAUAUUGGAGGACAUUAUGGCCAUUAUAGUAGAGGAGGGAUUGACUGAAAAAAAUUCAGCCCGUGUGCUCAAAUCUAUUACUGGGAAAUUAUUAACGAGACCGGCGGUUAUGAAUGCAGAGUCCGUUGAAACAAAAAGAGUAUUGAUACAAGCAAAACAAGAUGUUUUUAAUUAUAUAAAAAAACGUUGGAUGGGCGUAAAACAGUUUGGUGGAUUUAGAUUAUUAAGCCCUAUGCUUUUGGACGAAUUUGAAAAAGUUGGGAGUCGAUCUUCGACCAAUGGGCUUUCGAAGAAAGCUUCGACACCUACGGUCAAAACUACAUCCACAGUUCAGGUGACACCGGCGAUUGUAACAACACCGCCACCAGUAGCAACAUCGACUGCUUCUACGGAAGAUGUGGCAGAAUCAAAUGAAACCACAGAAGCUGUGUCAACAGUGACGACAUCAACUACGUCUUCGAAAUCAACUUCUUCGACAGCGUCAUCGUCAAAACCAGUUCGGAAUACGGAAAAGAAAGGCAAAAGCGUGCGUAUCGGCGGUGCUACUACUGCUCCAGCGUGGGAUCGCCCAACCCGUGCCAGUGUUUUACGGCAAAAAGCGUUGGCCGAAUCUUCAGCAAAGAAUCCUGUAAAAGCACGGACAAAAGCAGCCUCUACAUCAAAGCAGCCUUCUGUUUCAUCAACUAAUUCAGCGACACCAAAAACGACAAAGAUUACCCCUAGCAGCAAGACAACAAAGACAGUGCGUCAAUCGUCAUCAAACUCCAGUCUUCGAGUUCCUGCGGGUGGUACAAGUUCACCAAGGGGCCGCCCAUCCGAUAAGCAAACUCCUAACUCAUCACGACCAAGUUCAAUUUCUUCGACGAAAUCUGCAGCAUCGCCAUCUGUAUCUCCAUCACGCUUCAAUGGCGUGAAGCAGACUCGCGCCAGUAUGCUAAGGCAAAGUAAAUAUGAUGAAGCACAACAAAGGCGUGGCCGUGAUCGUGAACGUUAUAUUUCACCGAAAUCAUCGCGAACCAGUUCUGUCGCAUCAGCCUCCUCUAACAAUAGCUAUACGACCACGUCAUCGCAUCACAGACGAAAGCGGUCUCCUUCAAUAAAUUCAACUUCAACCACAAUUACGUCCGCCUCAAGCGGUGCCAUCACUCGAUUGUCGCCUGAACCACACCAGAUCAAAUUAGCCACAGUUCCUAACCCGGAUAUUUCUGUAGGUAGACGUGUGAUUCUUCCAACCAAGAAUAAUGCUCCUGGAACAAUACAAUUUUUGGGUGAAACAGAAUUUGCAAAAGGAAACUGGGUGGGAAUAGAACUCGAUAAUCCUG